GGAACCCUGUGCUCUCUCUAAUUGCUGUUGGCACUGAGAUUUGUCUGUGAGAGUGUGUGUGCGCUCUAAGGUCAGAGUGGGAUUUUGCCAACGGAGUGCCUAUAGUGAGCAGAGUAUCUGCCAGGCGCGGGCCUCGGUCAUGGUCUACGAUGACACCAGUAAGAAGUGGGUCCCCAUCAAGCCUGGACAGCAGGGAUUCAGCCGCAUCAACAUCUACCACAACACUGCCAACAACACGUUCAGAGUGGUGGGCGUCAAACUGCAGGACCAGCAGGUGGUAAUCAACUACUCCAUAGUGAAGGGCCUCAAGUACAACCAGGCCACCCCGACCUUCCACCAGUGGCGGGAUGCCAGGCAGGUCUAUGGCCUCAAUUUUGCCAGCAAGGAGGAGGCCACCACCUUCUCCAACGCCAUGCUCUUCGCCCUCAACGUCCUCAGCGCUCAGGAUGGAGGUCCAGCUGUCCAGCGGCAAGUCCAGAAUGGACCGACCUCAGAUGAGAUAGAAGCUCAGAGAGCAAGGCAGAUGAUGGAGCAGCAGCAGCAGAUGCAGGCACACAUGGAGCGGGAGCGACGGUCCUCCAACUCAGGUUCUCCUUUCCAAGGCCACCCUGCUGUGCUCUCUGUGGCCCCACCAGUAGUACCUCCCCCAAUGAACAUGGGUGGCCCUCCUCCGCCUCCACCACCGCCGGGACCUCCACCACCUUCAGCAGUGGCACCUCAACCUCCCCUCCCACCUCCACUACCCAUGGGUGGAGGGAGUCACGGGGAUGAGCCCCCCGCACCGACAGGACUCGCCGCUAUGAUCGCUGGAGCCAAACUGCGCCGCGUUCAAAGACCUGAGGACAGCUCAUCAGGGGCCAAAAACGAUGCCAACCGAACAAGUGGGGGGAGCGGAGGACUGAUGGAGGAGAUGAACGCUCUGUUGGCGCGAAGAAGGAAAGCAGCUUCAGAGAAGCCUGAGGACAGCCAAAAUGACGACCCAAAUUCUCCGUCACCCAGCACCCGGGGUGGACAGAAUGCAACAGAUGGUGCAAAGAAGCCGUGGGACCGAGCUAACUCUGCAGACAGGUCAAUGGUUUCAAGGGUACGACCCGUGGGGAGUGGCGGUGACACAGACUCGUUAGACCUCGAUAGAAUGAAACAGGAAAUCUUGGAAGAGGUGUUCCGUGAAUUGCACAAAGUGAAGGAUGAAAUCAUUGAUGCCAUUAGACAUGAACUCAGUCGAAUUAGCACGACAUAAUCUUUCAGAGCCACUCCCCGACAUGAACCACCUUUUCAAACCAUUGCCCCUGCAGCAGCUGCUGUGGCCCUGAGGAAGAGGAGGAGGAGGAGGAGGAGAGGUCAGCAACGGAGGCCCAAACUGUGAUAUCUACUCAUCCUGUUCAGCUGUGGUGUUGAAGCAAUGCAGCAACGUUGAUCUGACACCUCAGACAUGUCUGUUGUUAACAUUUGGUUUGUUUGUUUGGAGAGAAAGGUGUGAAUGGGACACAGUGUCGCACUGAUUACUCUGAUUUCUUAACAUUUUCUGUCUGCUUGUUAGCCCAGUUCGCCCCUCUGUCCUCGGCCUAAAGGAAAAUGGAUAAAAUUCAUAUGAUUUUAUUU